GUGCUGUCGGUCAGGUCAAGCGUGCAGGUGUAGGUUCAAUGGCGUGGCGGGGGCUGGCGGCCGAGUUCCUGCAGGUGCCGCCGGUGACGCGGGCCUAUACUGCAGCUUGUAUCCUCACCACAACUGCCGUGCAGCUGGAAAUACUCAGCCCCUUCCAGCUCUACUUCAACCCACACCUCGUGUUCAGGAGGCUCCAGAUCUGGAGGCUGGUCACCAACUUCCUCUUCUUCGGGCCCCUGGGAUUCAGCUUCUUCUUCAACAUGCUCUUCGUAUUCCGCUACUGCCGAAUGCUGGAGGAGGGCUCCUUCCGCGGGCGCAAAGCCGACUUCGUCUUUAUGUUUCUUUUUGGGGGCGCCCUUAUGACACUGCUGGGACUCCUGGGCAGCCUGUUCUUCCUCGGUCAGGCACUCAUGGCCAUGCUGGUGUAUGUGUGGAGCCGUCGCAGCCCUCAGGUGAGGGUCAACUUCUUUGGCCUCACCUUCCAGGCACCAUUCCUGCCUUGGGCACUCAUGGGCUUCUCACUGCUGUUGGGCAACUCAAUCCUCGUGGACCUGCUUGGGAUUGCUGUGGGCCACAUCUACUACUUCCUUGAGGACGUUUUCCCCAACCAGCCUGGAGGCAAAAGGCUGCUGCUGACCCCUGGCUUCCUGAAGCUGCUACUAGACGCUCGUGAGGAGGACCCCAAUUACCUGCCCCUUCCCGAGGAACAGCCAGGAGCCCAUCUGCCACCCCAGCACUGAGCCUGCCUUGGGCCAGCACCAGAAGCUUCUAGCAGAGUCCAUUCUUCUCCCUGCUCCUGCUUACAGCAGACCAAUCUGUCCUGAGGCUGGGCCCAUGCAAGAGCCCACCCAAAUAAAGUCCCCUGCAGCCUCUGGGCCCCCAGCAUUGGCUCCCAUUUUGGUCACCACACCUUUCAUGUCCUUCCUUGUCUGCCCCAAUUGCCUUUGCCCAGCCUGCCCUCAGCCCAACUGCAAGUUAUCAAGCAGGGUGCCCAGACAGGACAAUGAAGCUGCCCAUGGAUGCCCAGCAGCUCUGAGCUCACAAAUGAGACUCGAGAGUUCUUGCUCUAGUCCUGCCACUGCCCCGGGGUACAUGUGUCCCUAUCCUGGGCCUCUGUUUCCUGUCAUUCAAGAAAGGGGUUGAUCAGAUCUCAGCAUCUGGGCCAGAACUCAGAGCCACUCUAGAGAUGACCCUGCCUGUGGUGCCCUUGGGUUGAUGCCUACUCAGUCUCUCCCAUCUUCACCAACAACCUUGACAAGCGAGCCUUUUCUUCAUUUCCCAGCUUGUGACGUGGAGGUCCCACAAGGUCGGGGCACAGGAGAGGUGAAACAGGGCCCUCUCAACCCCAGACCUUGAGAAGUUUCACCUUAGCACAGUCCUGUGUCUGGCUAAGGCAGAAAGAACCCUCCAGGGAGCUGUCCCUGCCAUUUAAGCUGAGCCUGUGGAGCCACUUCCUCCCUCUCCUCCCCAGAACAUGGGCUGCAUCUGUGGCCAGCUGUUCUUAUUGCUCUAGACCUGUUCCCACUGUGGCUUCUUCCUGGAUGCUUAGCGGCACAGGGGCUCCAGCAGCCACAUCUCAUUUUU